CAGUCCAGGGGAGAGCCGGCAGCGGGCGGACGCGGGGCGCCUCCUCUUCUCCCUUACUUGGUUCCCGCCGCCAUGUGGGCUGCCCUGAGGUCAGCUCUGCGGCCCUGCGCGCGCGCCGCGGUCCCCGGGUUGCGCGCCUAUCACGGGGAUUCGGUGGCUGCGCUGGGCACCCAGCUGAACUCGGGCUCGGCCAUCUACCAGGAGAACUAUGAGCAGAUGAAAGCGCUAGUAAAUCAACUCCAUGAACGAGCACAGUAUGUACGACUAGGAGGUAGUGAGAAAGCCCGCGCACUUCAUACAGCAAGAGGAAAGCUGUUAGCCAGAGAAAGAAUCGACAACCUUAUAGACCCAGGGUCCCCCUUUCUGGAGUUAUCCCAGUUCGCGGGGUACCAGUUGUAUGGUGAUGAGGAAGUCCCCUCAGGCGGCAUCAUCACAGGCAUCGGCAGAGUAUCCGGAAUAGAAUGCAUGAUUGUCGCCAAUGAUGCCACUGUCAAGGGAGGCACUUACUAUCCAAUAACUGUGAAAAAACACCUACGGGCACAGGAAGUUGCGCUACAGAACAGGCUCCCCUGCAUCUACCUGGUUGAUUCAGGAGGGGCCAACCUACCUCGGCAAGCAGAAAUAUUUCCAGAUCGAGAUCACUUUGGCCGCAUAUUCUACAAUCAGGCAAUUAUGUCUUCUAAAAAUAUCAUGCAGAUAGCGGUCGUCAUGGGCUCCUGUACAGCAGGAGGUGCGUAUGUGCCCGCGAUGGCUGAUGAGAACAUCAUCGUCCGCAAGCAGGGCACCGUUUUCUUGGCAGGACCCCCCUUGGUUAAAGCGGCCACUGGUGAAGAGGUAUCUGCUGAGGAUCUUGGAGGAGCUGACCUUCAUUGCAGAAAGUCUGGAGUCAUCGACCACUAUGCUUUAGAUGACCACCAUGCCCUUCACUUAACUAGGAAGGUUGUGAGGAGUCUCAAUUAUCAGAAGAAAUUGGAUGUUACUGUUGAACCUUCUGAAGAACCUUUAUUUCCUGCUGACGAAUUGUAUGGAAUAGUUGGUGCCAACCUUAAGAGGAACUUUGAUGUCCGAGAGGUCGUUGCUAGAAUUGUGGACGGAAGCAGAUUCAAUGAGUUCAAAGCCUUCUACGGAGACACAUUAGUUACAGGUAUAAAAAUGAAGACUUGAAAAUAUGAGUGUUUUCUACUGCAUUGAAAAUAAGUCAUCUCCUGUUGCAAGGCUUUGGUGCUCUUGGCAUGAGCUUUGUCAUUUAGAGCACUACAAAGGCAUGAGUCAGUUUUUCAAAGGAGCCAUUUUCUCAGAUUAUUUGUAGCUGAACGGCUUCAUGUAUCCAGAGAGUCUAAAAUGGUGACGGUUAAAUGCUGUGGGACGGGUCCUUAUGUGUGACUUUGUGGCAUUGAAUGAAAAGAUUCUUAUAGUAAAAUUAGCAAGAAAUAUUGUAGUUCUUUUUGUUUGAUGACUUUGACCUUGUCUCCUGCAUUCUUUAGUCCUCCAGUUCAACUGGGAAGUUAUGUGUGAUGGUUAGCUUUCCGGAAGGAUGUAGAGGGACUGAAAUCAUCUCCCAGCUCUGUGUUGGCCUUAGCCUGAUUCUUGUAAAUACUGGCUUGAGAAUGCUUUUGCUUUCUGUAAGAAUUGGAUGAACUGUCCUUGUCAUACUCCUUUCCAGACAGUGUGAUGUAUCUGGAAAAAACCAUGAAUGAUUAUUAAAGUUAAUUUUUUUUGUCUAAGGUGUUAAUUUUGUAGGCUUUUGAAAGAAAAAUAUUACAAACAUGCUAGAGUUAUAAUCUUAGACAAAUAGCAGAACAAAUUUUGUGAAUUGUACUUGGUUAUGGAAAGGUUGAAAAUAGUAGUUAUUCUGAAGAUAACAUAUCAGAGCAGGAAAGAAAACUAGCUGUAAACUCCAAAUUCAAAUAUACAUUGAGGCUUAAGGGUAAAUCUCAGCAUUUUCUCCUGGUUUGAUUUGUGAGCAAGAGAAGGGUUCAUGCUGGGAAUGGGAUUUAUGUUUUUGCAUUUAGGUGUUUAAGUGAUUAAGAGCUUUUAGUUUGAUAUAUGGUCAGGAUUUGUCACCAAAGAGUGCAGGAUGUAACCUUCAUUGUGUGGCAGUCUCAAACAAGUCAGUGUUUUUCUGCUUUCUCUGAAGAUGGAUGGAGGUUCCUUGUCAACUUCUUUUAUGUAUUUGCCUAGUACUUGCUAAAAGACUUGUGGCACCCUUGUCCCCUAAAAUAAUCAGGGACCACAUUCAGUUUCCUCCAUCUCUUCUUGACUAUCCUGGAAUCUAAGGUUGGGAUAAGAGGAGAGAAGAGACAGGAAGAAGAGGACGGUGGGGGUGAGAGAUUGGCAAGCAUAAAGGGUGAGAGGAAGACCAGAUUUCUCAGAGGCUCACGUACCUCUGGAGGUUCUGAGGGUUCCUCCCACCUCAGUACUUGCCACAUGUAGCCCCAGUAGAUUCUUGGACAUGUUGCUUUCCUGCUUGGAACUCCAGUUUGGAUCAGACAGUUGUGACGGCCCUCUCUCUGUGGUGCAGCUGGUACAAUGGGGCUUGUGCCCUCCUCAAGUCUGUCUGUGACUGGAGCUCCCCAAGCAGGGCCACAGUAGGUUGAAUGUCUAUGUGGUAAGAGGUGUCUACAGGUGUAUCCUCUUCCAAGUGACUCAUGUGUUGGAUUCCCAUCCUUUGUGGGUGGGGCAGGACCAAGAGUGGACUGCUCCGCCCUCUGGGGAGUUCUGGAA